CCUGUGGCUGCCUAUAAAACAAGGAGCAAAGGGCUGCACGGGACAUACUCUGCGAUCUGUGUGCCACCGUUACAGGAUCAACUCCAACUAUGGAUUCUCGACUUAUGAAAAUCUUAGCAAUUUUUUGCAUAACUUCUAUUAUUCUGAGCAACCAGGCUGACUGUGCUGCCAUUGGACAUAUGGAGACUGUGCUCUACAGGGUCCGAAGAAUGACUCCACUCUGGAGAUGGAUCAUCCAGAAACCAAGCAGAUCCCCAUGUAGAAACAAUGAUGAUUGCAUCUCAAAAUACUGCAGGAAUGGCCGCUGUUCCUUGAUUGCUCAUCAAGAUUGACUAUCAUUGAAAGAUUUUGUAAAGGAUCAUCGACUAACCAUGUAAUAACCUAUGUACAGUAUAUGUGUAAAUAAAUGCUGUCUAAUAUACUGUAAAUAACUGUUCAAAGCUCUGUAAAUAAUUGUUUAAACACAACCAUAACUGAAUUUCACCAUGUUGUAGAUUCAUAUUUAAUUAUGCUUAAUGAACUGUAUAAUAAAUUGUUUUCAUUUAUAUUAAAAUAUAGAAUUUGUAGCAGAGAUAAUUUUGAUCAUCAAAAAAGGUUUAAUGCUGAAAUUGACAUUUUACCUUCUCCAGAGGUGGAGUGCUGCCCCCCAGCUAUUACAAUGGUUAAAACCACAUCGUGCCCCUUAAAACAAAAGAUAUCCAAUUGCUAGAGCCUCUGCUCACGUUAUGAACAGGUGAAUGGUUAGCCAGUGGAGAUUAUUGCUCCUCUCGUGAAAAAUUCCCUGUUCAACAUAUGAACCUUUUAUCAGCAUGCAACACUGAAGGGAAAUAGUUUGAUCCAGCUUUUAGUAAGUUUUUAAAAAAAUUAAUUGAGUUUUGCAUUUUGAAAGCAUCAUGUUUUUAUAAGUUCCUCGUUGACAACAUAUGUUGUCCAUUUUAACAAAUGAUAUAGUAAAACAAAUGAGGCUUCGGUGACCAGUGCUCUGGAGACUGUCAAGGUGAUUGUGCCUCAGGUUUGAGGAGUCAGCUAAAAAUGAAAUGUUGCUGUAGAAAAGCAGCAUACAUCAUCAAAGAUCCUCAUCAUGCUGGCCAUGCUCUUUCCUCGCUGCUGUCAUCAGGUAGAAGAUACAGGUGCCUCAGGACUCAGCACCAGGUUCAAGGCUCUUGAACAAAAGGGGAUAAUUACACUCAUUCUAUUUCUGAUGGUCCCAGAACUGAUGGUCUCACUGUAAGGACUCUUCAGCUUAUUUCAUACUUGUUUUAUACUGCUAUUUAUUUAUAUUUGCAUCUGCACAGUUUGUUGUUCAUUGAUCCUGUUUACAAUUACUGUUCUAAAGAUUUGUUAAGUAUGCCCACAGUAAAGUCUGUGGUGUAUGUGGUGACAUGUACAAGUUGAACUCUGACAAUAAAUUUUAUUUUGUACUUU